AUGCAGUUCCAGGCUUUGAUUGUUUUAUUUUCCCUCCUAUCAAUCGUCCAUGGCACGGCCGUUUGGUCGGAGUGGGAGGACUUCCAAGUGCACCACAACAAGAGCUACCAUUCGGUGGAGGAGCAUCGCCGCCGGUUCCUUAUUUUCGUGGACAACAGACAGCGGAUAGCCGAGCACAAUAAGCGCUGGGCCGUGGGUCAGGAGAGUCAUCUGUUGGGGAUCAAUCGGUUUGCGGAUAUGUCGCCAAAGGAGUUCAAAGAACUACUACUCCGUGGGGUACAACCCUCCAAGGGCUUGGGGGAUGUCCACUUUAUGCCGCCGGAUGUGGAGCUGGGAGCUCUACCAAGAGCUGUGGAUUGGCGGAGCCGUCAUGCUGUGACCGAGGUCAAGGAUCAGGGGAAUUUCAACACCUGCUGGUCCUUUGCUGCCACGGGAGUCAUCGAGAGUCGUUACGCCAUCAAAUACGGUCAUCUGCAGUCGCUGUCUGAGCAGAACCUCGUCGACUGUUGCCUGGGAUCGGAGCAGGGCUACAAUACCUGGAGGGCCAUGGGCUGCACGGAGCAGUUGGGUGGCAUCGACACCGAAUCGUCCUACCCUUACCAGGGAGACGCCAACGUCUGUCGCUAUCGUCCAGCAGCCAGCGCUGCCCGCGUCUUUAAUGCCGUGUUCCUGCCCCCGGGCAACGAGCGGAUAAUGGCGCAGGCUCUGCUUCGAGGUCCUCUGGCGGUGUCCAUCGAUGCGGACUCGAUACAGUUAUACAAGGGCGGCGUUUUCCACGAUUCCUACUGCAGCAAAGUCAGCGUUAAUCAUGGCCUCCUGGUUGUGGGCUACGGCACCGAUCCCCUCUCCGGCGACUACUGGCUGCUCAAGAACUCAUGGGGCAGUCAGUGGGGCGAGAACGGCUACAUCCGCAUGGCACGCAACAACAACAAUCAAUGCGGAGUGGCAUCCGAAGUAUUGUAUCCCAUUGUCUAA